AUUACUUCUCUAGUUAUUAAGCAUUAAGUACCCAUACUAAAUAAUGUUAGCUUAUUUAUUUAUUAAAUUUGCUUCUAACUAAUAUGGUUAUAACUAUGUUAAUAACCCAUGUUAACAUAUAAUAUAAUGUAAAUAUUCAUUUUUAGGAUAAUCUUAAAUUAAGUGAUGAAUUUAAUGAUCAAUCUUUUUCAGGCGUGCAUUGUAUUGGCUUUAAGCUGUAUAGCUUUGGCAGAGCCCCCUGCACCCAACAACCAAUACCUCCCUGUGCCCCAAAAUGGGUAUAACUAUCCUCGACCGCCCAUUGGUUUCCCACCCUCUCCGCCAUCGCCUGGACCUAGGCCACCAUCACCACCCCCAAGCUAUGGACCACCACCGGGUCCUCCUGCCAGGCCGCCAUCACCACCUCCAAGCUACGGACCACCACCAGGUCCUCCUGCCAGGCCACCAUCACCACCUCCAAGCUACAGACCACCAUCAGGUCCUCCCGCCAGGCCGCCACCCAGCUACGGCCCUCCCACGGUCCCAAGGCCUCCAUCUCCUCCACCAAGCUAUGGUCCACCACCAGGUCCUCCAGCCAGGCCACCAACACCUCCAAUCCCAAGACCACCACCUAGCUAUGGCCCUCCAACUGGACCCAGCCCUCCUGCACCAAGACCUCCACCACCAAGCUAUGGACCACCAACAGGACCUCAAAGGCCACCAAGGCCAACUUAUGGGCCACCCCAAUCCGAUGACCCGAGCGCUCCAGGACACGUCCACAUCCCAGGAAUGCCUUACGACUUCAACUACGCCGUUAAGGACGACUACUACGGUACUGAUUUCUCUCACAACGCUGUCAGCGACGGAGAUCAAGUAAAGGGAGAAUACAAAGUUCUCCUCCCAGACGGCAGGCUCCAGAUCGUAUCCUACAUCGCCGACUGGAAGACAGGUUUCCAUCCGACCAUCCAGUACCAAGGCGAACCCAGAUACCCGGCUCCAGGCCAGCCAGGACCAGGAAGAGGUGGACCAGGGGGACCGGUAGGACCAGGAGGACCAGGCGGACCAGUGAGCGGCCCAUACUAAACCAUUCCAACCAUUAUUUAUUCAUCCAACGACGGAAAAACUUCUAAAUGGCUUAUGUAUACGCUGGUAAAACAAACAAACACCUAUAAUAAGAAGGUGUUUUCUAAUGCCAUGAUCACUACAACAUGGUGUCAUGUCCCUUACAAGAGUGUUUCUUUCACAUUAGUUAUAUGUUACAAAAACAUAUAAAACUUUUUUAUACUUUUUUUAUAUAAAACUUUAAUAAUUGUCAAUAAGUCAUUUUUAAGUACCUCCACCUAAGUCUCACAGGACAGCUUACAAGAGCCAAUGCCUUUGACAUCAGCGAGUUGUUUCUGUGAUAUUAAAAUUGUAAUUGUACAUAUAUAUUUUUAUAUGUGUGACAAUUAUGAUUCAGUACAACAACAAAAAAAUGUAUUUUUUAUACCAAUAAAAGUGACUUUUUGUAUAACUUCUUUCUUAUUAAAAAGUACCCCCGUUCAAAAAAUUAACU